AUGGCGACGGAGCGGAAAAAAAGCUCGGUCAUCGAUGGUCUUUAUACUGAUGAAGAAGAAAUUCGUCAGCCUAAACCUGGAACCGGUAAGGGAAGCGGUAAUAACAAAAGUAGAACUAGUGACGGCAAGGUACAGGAUUCGCACAAGGUUGAACAGGAAAUUGAUCAGUCGUCAUCCAAUCAGUAA